UUGUAGUCUGCAGGUCAUCGGCUAUUAAGUAAAUAAACUAACCAAACGAAAAUGGACAAAGGCUCAUUCUGAUAAGUAAAUGAUUCAGACAGAAUAUUCGGAUCACGAAUUCAAUCUUGUGUCAACUUAGUGGAAAUAGUCUAUCUAUCGCUAUGAAGGUAAUAUGCGCAGGACUACAGAAAACCGGUACAAAAACUAUCGCAGAAGCUUUGAGAAUACUUGGAUAUAACGUGCAUGAUGUGUUCGACCAGUUUAUGCUGGACAGAGAACUGUGGGACAAGAUUGUGGCCAACACAGUAACUGUGGAAGAUUAUCAACGAAUUCUCGGAGAUGUUGAUGCAGUAAUGGACUGGCCAGCAGUUGCAGUAUGGGAACAAAUCAUGGAAGCAUUUCCCGAUGCUAAAGUUAUAUUGAUGAUUCGUUCGAGUGAAGAUGAAUGGUACAAAAGCCUGAAAAAUCACUGUGAAAUCAUAAAUAAAUAUGUACCAUCAAACGAAACCUUACAGCAAUUUCUAUUCCAUGUAGUAUCUGGGCGGGUUGCAAGUCACUUUUAUAAACUCGAGACAGCAUUUUGUUCUGCGUGCCUUGGUAUACCGAGAAUGUAUGGAUCCGUUCUGAUAGAAACAUUUUUAAGAUCUCGGUAUCGCCAACAUAAUUUGUACGUUAAAUCUACUUGUCCAAAAGAGAAAUUAUUGAUAUACAACGUUAAGGAAGGCUGGGAACCUCUCUGUCGAUUUCUGAACAAAGAAAUUCCAGAUCAAGCGUUUCCAAGGGAGAAUGUUAAAGGAGAUAUCACAAGACAAAUGAUGAAAAAUAAUUGGAAAUAUGAUUGUGGAUUUCAAGAAACAAUGCAAAAACAAAUGAGGAUACGAUUGGCAAAAAUAUGCUUUGUGAUUGUAGCGAUUAUAUCGUGUUUAGUGUAUUAUUGGAUGAUAUAAUGAUUAAGAGAUGCAUUAUUAGCAGUUGCAACCUCCUAAUUUUUUUAAUCAACUUGUAGUCAAUUUUUAUUGUAGUGAGGUGCAAUUUAGUGAGAUCACACAUGAUUUUUAUUUUUGAAAAAUUAUAAUUAUUUUUUAUUGGAAUUAUUAGAUUUUUGACACAAUAUUAAAGAUGUCAUUCUGCUUGAUUAAAUUAACAAUUUCGCUCCAA